AUGAAAAAUCUGUUAAAUAUGUUUGAAUUUGACGAUUCGAACAACUGAAUUUCAAAUAUCAACUAGCAUUUAUCAUAAUGAGUUGUCAUUGAAAGCGUCUCUUGAAAAAAAAAUCGUUUGUGUCGUUUUUUUUGUGCUUGUCUUUUUCCGAUAAGAAAAUUUGUUCGAAAUCAUAAAUUUAAACGUACUCCACUGACGACGUGUUGUAUCUAUUCAGUAAAUUUAUUGUUUUGGACAUCAUAUACGCAACAAAUACAUUGACCAAUUAUAGUUAUAUUUCUUUCACUUAUUAUUUUCUGGAACGCGAAAAUGGAAAAUAUCGACGACGUGGAUACAUCACCAGCUACGCCGAAAAAGAGGUACAGUUGUACCAGCGAGUACGCAACUCCGAGGGAAUCCGAUGAUUCUGACAACAGUUUGUAUUAUUCGUUUGUCGAUGAUAAUGUGCUGAACAAAGAAAAUUCAGUCAAUAGUGGCCUAUGGACAAUCACGGAUGCAUCGAAUAGUCCAAUUGCUCCCCGUGUUUCAAAGGCCAAAACACCACUAUUACGAAAAGUCUUGCAAACGAAUCACACUCCUCGUAAUAGAAAUAACAAACGAGUGUCAUUCAGUCAUUUAUCUAAACCAAGUCCAACACCAGCAGCUACUGUCAAAAUCGCCAAAACCAAAGAUUUGGAAAGUGAAGCGCUUAACUCGGACAGAAAUGUAACUUUCGAUCUGAAACCAAUCGAAGAAAGCCUACCAAUCAUUUCGAACAAAGAACAAGAAGAAUGUGAAAGUGUUGCUGAGUCUAGCACAAUUGAUGAAUCUGUAUUGUCGGAUGUCACUGACGAUUUGGAAAGUGAAUUGCAUAACACCAUCAUUGAAAAUCCUCCAUCUGCCAGCGAGUACGCAAUUCCUAAGGAAUCGUGUGAAAGAAAUAAUAGCGAAGAACAUGCAACAUCUGUACACACUGCACCUGUUUCGCAUGUUUCUGGCAACAAAUCACCAGUAACACCUCUUCAAGCCAUUGAAUUAUCAGAAUCAAACGGAAUGCAUAGUUCACCGCAUAUGAUGACUGAUUUGUUGGAAAAUGUCACUCCACAGUUGUCGACGGUAUCACCACAAUUGUCGAAUGAAAACACAGUUACAAAUAUACGAACCGUUGAAGAAAUCAUUGAAGAGGCACGAAAAAAUAUACCCCAAACCAGAAAUGCAGUCAAAAUAAAUCGUCAGCAAUUGGCCAACGAUAAUCGAAAGAGCAUUCUACCAAUUGCAAAGAAAGCAACACGUGCCACAUCUUACAAACGGCGAUCAUCUACAUAUGAACCACGAAAAGUUGAUCCUCGAAAAUCUUUGGGUGUCUUGAAGCAAAUUGCCAACAAAGUCACUAAAACUAUCGGUGUUCAGAAAAAUGUUGCUACAACGGCAAACUCAACAACCAAUCAUGUGUCGGGUAACAUGGUAUCAAACUCUACACAAUCAUUGAAAAUCACAUCCGCAAAACAACCAAGUAAAAAAAGUGAGAUUGCUUCGCGUAUGUCUACGGUAAAGUCAAGACAAACAGUACUCUCACAUCAGCCACCGAGGAUUCCAAUUGUCUCAACGACACGACAGUCGAUCUCAACAAGUGUGCGGUCGCAGCGCCGCGAAACAAAGUAUUCUCUCACAACUCUUGCAGUCGCUAAAGCAUCAACAUCAUCGAAUCUAUCGAAUUCAUCUUCAUUAAACCAAGCAAUAUUUAUCAAGCCCAAUGGCGAGCCUGUGCGGUCACGAUCAAAGAUUUCUGCGAGUAACAUGCCUACAUCAAAUGGUAAUGGCAAUGGCAAUGGCAAAUGUCAAUAUUGUGAUAAGUUUUUCGCAAAAAAUCAUGGAAUGAUGACGCAUUUACUUGAAAAAUGUGAAAAGAUACCUGCUUCUGCACGGCGUGCGCUAAAUGAGAAGAACGUCGAUGAUUUCAACAGUAAGCAAGUGUACCGUCGUAAAACAUAUGCACUCCGUCAGGAUAUUGAUUCUAUUUCGAAAUAUUCUAGAUUUUUUGUGAGCGUUAGAAACGAAGAUGCAUCUGGUAUGCGAGGCGAUGGUGGUGCGGCAAUCGACGUUGAAAAUGGUUUGAAAAAUUUAAGAGCUGAAUUGAGAAAAAUUAAGCGUCCUCAUACUGGAAUAACAAGAACACCGAGCAAGGCGAUCCGUUGCCAUAUUUGCAAAAUGAAUUUUUUCGAUUGUGUAGAAUACGCCGAUCACAGCAUCAGCCAUCUCUCAGCCUCCUAAUUGAUGACAUAAUUUCCAUCGUUUUAAAAUCAUUCGCAUAUCGAUUCAGUCUUAUACGUUUUUUUCAGCAUCUUUUUCUUAUUAAUUUACAUUCAAUAUAAUAAGGUCUUCUUAAGAAAUUUUUGAUUUUUGCUACAAUCACAUCAUUUCUCUCACUUAUUUCAAUUUCUCGUUAUAUUUACCCCCUCGUUCAUUAUUCAAUUUGUUGCUUAGCAAUUUCCCAAAAAACUAUAAAUUACCUUAUGCAAUUUUUUCAAAAAAGUAUUAUUCUAAAAUAGCCGCUUAAUUAAUGUUGGCAUGGAAGAAAAUGAAAAAUCGUAUAAUUGAAAAUAAACGACUCACAUUAUAGCA